AUGGCCAUGAAGGUGGACAUGUCCGCACUCGAGACCAACUUCGGCAACUCGACCUUCCCCGCCGGCGACGACACGUACUUCUCCGCCGGCGCCCCCGACGUGCCGUCCAUGGUGCUCCCCACCUGCGACGAUUUCGACGGGUUCCAGGCGGACACCAAGAAUAUGGUGAAGAAUAAGAAGGGAACGACCACGCUCGCCUUCAUCUUCGACAAGGGCGUCAUCGUCGCCGCUGAUUCCAGGGCCAGCAUGGGCGGUUAUAUAUCCUCACAAACCGUGAGGAAAAUUAUUGAAAUAAAUCCUUACAUGCUGGGGACAAUGGCUGGAGGCGCUGCUGAUUGCCAAUUCUGGCAUAGGAACCUAGGAAACAAGUGUCGCCUCCAUGAGCUUUCAAACAAGCGAAGGAUCUCUAUAGCUGGUGCUUCCAAACUGUUGGCUAACAUCCUUUAUUCAUAUCGUGGGAUGGGACUGUCGAUUGGUACAAUGAUUGCUGGAUGGGAUGAGAAGGGCCCUGGCUUGUACUAUGUUGACAGUGAGGGAGCAAGGCUUGUGGGAAACAGGUUCUCUGUUGGCUCUGGUUCCCUCUAUGCUUAUGGUGUUUUGGAUGACGGUUACCGCUUCAACAUGUCAGUUAAGGAAGCUGCCGAAUUAGCGCGACGGGCUAUUUAUGGGGCAACGUUCCGUGAUGCAGCAAGUGGUGGUUGUGUUAGUGUUUAUCACGUUGGCCCUGAUGGUUGGACGAAGCUUUCUGGGGAUGAUGUCGGGGAGCUGCACUACCACUACUACCCGGAGGAUGGCAAGCGACCUUUGCUCUUGCCACGAGCUCUUAGUCUUCCACCGUCUGCUCGUGCGGCACUCUUGUCUUCCACCGUCUGCUCGUGCGGCGCCCCCCGCUGUCUCGCUCGCUGUCCUCUACUUGCUGCCACCACCACCGGGCCAACCUCGCUCGCCGUCCUCAACCUGCCACCACCACCGGGCCGACAGCCGCCAUCAGGCCCCCUCCCCCUUGUAAGGUCACCGGCUAUGGAACCCCCUAAAAUCCGGAACCCUAGCGCCGGCGAGCUCAUCUCCGGCAACGGCGAUGGAGGAGGAAGGCAGACAAUGGGCUCAUGGGUCGCGGGGCGCGCCGGGCUCAUGGAUUAUUGGGGCACACUCCACGCUCGGCGCGACGCGUCGCUUGAUAGAUCUUGCAAUAGCAACAGCGAUACACGAAAGCGUGCUGCCGUAGUACGCUUUCGGGCCCGCUUGAAGAGGCUCUACGUGGCUCUGGCUGAGCUACCGGGGCGGAGCCGCGUGGAGCACCCAAAGCGUGGCUCCGGCUCCGGAGCCCGUGUGACACCAAAUGAGGCCGAAUUCAUACGAGACUGUCACUGCGGCUUCAUAACCAGGGCAAGCACAAAGCCCCCAAACCAACGAAAGGGGCGCCAGCUCGCCGCUGCGGCAGCCGAACGAACAUCAUCGCUUCGCCGCCCUGCUCGCGCCCCUUCCAAUCCAAGCAGAACAAACCAGCAAUGCCGCGCCAGGGCCCGCGCCGCCUCCCUGCCGGAGAACGCGACCGUCGCCUCGCCGAGGAGGUCCUCUACCUCCACUCCCUCUGGCGUCGCGGAGGCCCCGCCCCGCCCCCCCGCCCUCGCCCCAGCCCCGUUCCAGUCACGCUCCGACCGACGUGAAGAAAACGAGCGCAGCAGGCUCAACCGCGCCCUCCGCCGCGAAGAACGCGAGCGCCUCAGGCUCGAUCGCGCCCUCCGCCGCAAAGAACGCAAGCGCCGCAAGAUCGACCGCGCCGCCGCCGCCGCCGAGCCGGCCCUCGCGCCGUCUCCGCCCACCUCUUCGCCGGGAACCUUGGCGGAAGCCGCCGGCGCUUCUGCGCCUCCCACCGCGAAUCCCCCGCCUCCGACGACUCCCCCCGGCCCGCUCGCGCAGCGGGAGGCCGUGCCCUCCUGGUUGGAGUUCUCCAACCGCUACUCCGCCGAUUUCGACGACGAGUGGUCCGAUUCGGACCGCGAUAAGGAGGAAAAGGAGGCGGCGAGGUACUUCACCGGGCUGUUCCAGCGGGACGCGCAGCUGCGAGGCCACUACACGGGCAGGUGGCGCAAGGGGCGGUUCCAGUGCAUGGUGUGCGCCGCGGGGGGCGGGAAGGAGGUGGGGAAGCCGGUGCGGCAGUUCCGGGGCUGCUUGGCGCUCAUGCAACACGCGCGCAACGCCCCUCGGUCGCGGGGGCGGCACGGGAGGUACGGGAGGCACGGGGCGCACCGCGCGCUCGCCGCUGUCGUCUGCAGAUUGCUCGGGUGGGAUAUCGAGACCCUGGCCCGGCCUCGCAUCGUGAUCGAUCCACGGGCCACGGCCGGUGUUCAACACGCCAAGGAGAAUGAUGGUGCUGGGGAGAAUAAUGGCUUUUCGACUGAUGAUGAUAGCUAUUCGAUUGAUGAGGAUGAAGAGAGUGAAGAUGAAGAGAGUGUGGAUGAAGAGGAGGACGUUGAGACAGGGAUGACAGACCCAGGUACUACUGGUGAUGAAGAUGACAGUGAAAUAGAGAGCAAUGAAGAGUAUGCUGAAAAGGAGGAUCGUGAGAACAGGAUGGAAGACUCGAGUACUGAUGGUGAUGAAGAUGCUGAUGAACUAGAGAGAAGUAAAGAGGCUGGUCAAAAGGAGGAUACUGAUACAGGAGCGGAAGGCUCUAAAAGUACUGAUGGUGAUAAAGAGGCUAUUGAACUAGAUAACAGUGAGAAGAUUCCUGAAAAGGAAGCUGCUAAUUCUAUUGCAAGAAAACAGGAUUUGAAGAUAAGAGAUCGCCUGUUGAGUCUCACCCAUGCAAAACCGGUGGGCACAACACCAAAGAACAUGGAAGUUCAGAAAAGGAGUUGUGUGCCAAAACACAAGGAGGUUUCGACACCAGGCAGCAAAUUUAAUGAAGGCAGUGACAAAGCCAAACGAAAGACAUCAGCUUUGUCAUAUCAAGGCCAAUCAAGCGCAUCUGGUGUUGUGAAGAAGGUGAAAGUGAACCAGCAACCCAGCAACAAAGGGAAGCAGAGCAAAACUAAUGAAAUCGGAGCAAGUGCUCGCAAAGCUAAGCGACCCGCUGUGGCUGCAAGAAAAGCGAAGCAACUAGCCAAGAAACGCAAGGUGGAUGCCUGA